CAACAACUAGACAAACGCAGCCAGUAGAAAAUUCCCUCUCCUACCAGCCGGUUUGAGUCACAAAACGGUUCAACGCCGACCCUACUGCAUUAGAUUACUCCUAUCAACAAGCAUUUCAUCCCAUCACGUUUCGACUUGGCAUCAUGGGGAGCAAGAAAAAUCUGAUGAAGGAAGUUAAUAAAAAUCAUUUACCCAAGUCAAAGCGAUUAAAACUACAACAAGCAAUUGAGGAAUCGGCCCGACAAGAACACAAGAGACGUCCUCGCCUCAGAAUAUCGAGAGUAGUGGAACAGAUCAACCAGACCAAAGGGGAUUGGAGGCACGAAAAGUCAAAACUAUUGUUCAUGCUGGGCCUUGGACUAACGCCAAUCCCGAACUCGAUCGCAGUGAUAUUUCCGUCAAUUCUGGUGCCGAUGACGCUGCUCAAGUCUAAGUCGCUCUCUGCAGAUAGUGAAAAAGCAAGAUAUUUCAAGGGGAAAAAGCUAAUAAGCGCGCAAAGAGUUAGGCGGUUUGAAAUAUUGCGGGAAUGGCGUUUACUAGUACCCCCAAAAAUAUAUGGAGACGUCGAAGUAAUUGAUUUGACUGAUGAUGACGAUGUUGAUUUAAUUGAAACGUUUCAGAGCGAUAGCUUAGUUACAUCGUGUUUCAAAAACGUACAACUUCAGGACCCACCACCACCACCGAUAUCAAAUAUAUUAAUUUCUAAAGUUAAAAAGUCUCGCGGUUUCUGUGAUCGUUAUCCUCUUAUGCAGAUUAAUACAGUUUUGAAAUGUCAAAAAUUGAAUGUCAAAAAUUCAGAGAAUGUUUGUAAAUGAAGAGAAAUUAUGAUUAAAAUUAUCAGAUUGAGAGUAGGAGAUCGA